AUGAUCGAGUGCUUUCCAUCCCUUUGUACUCAAUACAAUGCUCUUCCUUAAUGUCAUUUUCAUGCUAUGGUUUCAUCUAGUAUCUGCUGCAUCCACCGUCUCACGAUCCAAUCCCUAUUCACUCAACUCUCGUUCAUAUACACUAGGCCCUAAGACCGACUUGGUAAUUUCUAAUAAAGUCAUAUCUCCAGACGGGUUCGCGCGCUCUGCAACGCUCGCCGGAGGAACGUUUCCGGGUCCAAUCAUCACAGCCAGAAAGGGAGAACACUUCGAUAUAAAUGUCGUGAACAGACUCACUGACAAUGAAAUGCUCUUGAGCACCAGUGUGCAUUGGCACGGAAUCAGGCAGAAUGGGACUAACUAUGCGGAUGGAGUCUCGUUCGUUACUCAAUGCCCUAUUGCACAAAAUGACUCCUUCCUGCACUCCUUCGAGGCUCGGAAUCAGGCUGGCACCUUCUGGUAUCAUAGCCAUUACUCGAUCCAACAGUGCGAUGGACUCCGUGGAGGUUUUAUUAUCUAUGAUCCUGAAGAUCCGUUAUCCUAUUUAUACGACGUUGACGACGAGACCACCGUCAUCACUCUUGCUGACUGGUACCAUACAGUUGCCCCUGUUUUAGGCCAUAUAAUUGGCACUAAUGCAUUUUCCAUACUCAUUAACGGUCUCGGUAGAUAUCCAGGGGGACCCCUGAGUGACCUUGCAGUGGUCAGUAUCGAGUACGGGAAAAGAUAUCGCCUACGCCUUAUAGCAAUGUCUUGCGAUCCCACCUUUACGUUCUCCAUUGACAACCAUAACUUGACGGUAAUCGAAGCGGACGGUGAACUGACGCAGCCCCUCCUCGUGGACUCGCUUCCGAUACUUGCUGGACAGCGAUACUCUGUUGUACUCGUCGCGAACCAACCGGUCGACAACUAUUGGAUACGGGCGCUCCCAAACACUCCGGGCUUGAACAACUUCAACAACAACCAGAACUCUGCUAUCCUGCGAUAUAACGGUGCACCCGUCGCGGAGCCUACUACAAACCAGACCACCAGUACCAACCCGCUCUCCGAGAGCAACUUGCACGCAUUCAUCAAUCCUGGUGCACCUGGGAUUCCAGAGUACGGAAAGGCAGACAUCAACUUGCAGUUAGUGGUCGGCCUCAAUACCGGGGUAUAUUCGGUCAACGGCACCCCAUACAUCCCUCCCACAGUGCCCGUACUGCUUCAGAUCCUCAGCGGCGCACGGCAUGCAACCGAUCUUCUUCCGGCAGGAAGUGUAUAUGUUCUAGGGGCUAACAAGGUCGUCGAAUUGACGAUGCCAGCUGUUAGUGCUGCUGGUCCUCAUCCGAUUCACCUUCACGGUGUAAGUAUUUCUGGUUACCAGUUGGCAUUUGAUUGCUCACUGUAGUAAUAGCAUAGCUUUGAUGUCGUGCAGAGCGCCGGAAGCAGUUCUUUUAACUACGUUAAUCCCGUACGCAGGGAUGUAGUAUCCAACGGGGUCCCAGGCGAACAGAUGGUGAUUAGAUGGGUCACGGAUAACUCCGGCCCGUGGUUCCUGCACUG